AUGAGCGUACCCGCAUCGCCUACGCUUGUCAAUGGAGUACCCUCUCGAGCACAGACACCCUUUAUCCGCGCCUCAUCGCCCUCACCAUCUAUCAAACUCAGUCACGCAUCGGACGAACAAGAAUUUGCCACACGUCUGAUCUCGGCUAUCCGUGUCCCUGUCGACUUCACAGAUAUCCUUGUCGCCUUACAAAAUCGCCCGCAAGAUCGACAAGCGGUGGUUUCCAUGCAACGAGCGUUAGAAAUGGUUGAGUGGAUGCAGACAGCCAGACAAGAGCUCAUCGCAGCAGAGGAAAGGAUGAGUAGAGCCCGAACCAGAGUUGACCAAGUCUGGUCGUUGAUGCGCAGUACGGUCACUCGUACAGCACAGGAGAUUUGGAGGGAGCAUGGGGACGAAGACAUCGGACACAUCCUCGGAUACACCACUAAUGGAAUACCCGCAUCCACUCCUCUGGACGAUCUCCAUUAUCGCAACCAUCUUUCUCGACCGCAUCCACUUCUUCACAUCGCAGUCAUCCCUACAGGGAUGGACAUAUCCCCGAACAAGGAUCACGAACCAACCGGCGGACAUGCUACAGAUGCGGAGGAGAUCAUUAUGUCCGCGACUGCCCCCGACGACGAUGAAAAUCACAAUAUUUCUUGUGGGACAAGAAACGUUAGACGGGAGCUGAUGUUACAACGCUCCUCACUUGUGGCGCAUCUUUUCUUUUCCUUUUCCUUGUUCCCUUUACGUUACCAGACCACGUGA